CAUUUGCAAACCUAGUGUAUUCGUGGAGACAUUUUUAAUAUACAGACAAUUUUGUGUAUUGUUGUUAAUUCAUCCCCUAAAUAGCUAUAGCAGCACAAAUAUCUUUCCUACUAUUCGAGAGUCAUCGAAAAAACGCACAUACACACUGGCAAAUUGAAGAAAAUUGAGCACAACAUCUCGGUGAAGUUCAAUUUUAUAUGAUAGAGAGUCACUAGUCAUGUAGACGGAUAUCAUGGGUACAGGACGUACAAUAUUUUUCAAAAAUGGACUUAACUGUGCCACCAGAGCUCGAAGAGCUUAUUUUGUGUAGUUGCUGCUUUUUGCCCUUCAACGACACCGAUUCCAUUCCAAAACUUUUAAGUUGUCGUCAUUAUUUUUGUUUAAAAUGUGUCAAUUCGUUAAUGCAAAAAGGUAGCGAACUUUAUUGUAUGCACUGUUGGAAACGUACGGAAGUACCCGGUCCCGAAAUGAAACCGGACAAUCUGCCAACAUAUGGUGCAAUAUUAUUUUUAACACAGAAUAUGAGUAUGCUGAGCAUAUGUAAACCGAAAAUAUCAUCUGGCAAACAGCGUUCAUCAUCGUCAACAUCAUCUGUUAAUUCGAACAAUGGCGGUGGUGGUAAUGGUUGUGGCGGCGGUAACACCACCACAAACAGUAAUUCUAGUUCAACAACUACCAGCGGAAAUAGUGGUAGUUCCAGUUCUCAAUCAGACGUUACAUUAGCACAAGCAAACAUAAAUACUACAAUUAAAAAGGGCGAAAACUGCAUGACACAUGCAAUGCCAAAUACGUUAUGGUGCACCAAAUGCAGUAUACUUGUGUGUCGAGCAUGUGCAGCAUCUGAGGACCACAGAAGCCAUAUAGUUAAAAGCCACGGCGAGGCUAAAGAAACUAUUCAAACCGAUAUUUCUAAUGAGCUUUUUUCAAUGCAAAAAACACUAAACGAUGUACAACAUUUAGUUUUGAAACAACGAGAUUUUUUGCUUAAGAUUUUAGAAUCAUGUACAGCAUUAAAAACUCAAAUCGAAACAGAGUUAAUCAAUCACAUACCCACCCUUGAAAUCGCUGAAAUGCGUGAAAGUUUAUGCAAAGCUAAAAUUUGUUUAGAUAUGCUGGAUAAACAGUCGCCCGCCGAUGCACUUAAGUUGUAUACUACAUUACAUUUAGAGAAGCAACGUUUGAUAAGCAGGUACCAAGAAAUGUUCCUACAAUGCAAACUUGAUGAUUUGAUUAAAAAUUAUGGCAUUGUUUUUGAUUUUGAUCUGAUCAAACAAGCCCUUGUUCAAUUACAUAGCUGCGUUAUAGGUGGUGGCAAUUUUGAUACAUUUAGCUCCUUGAAUGGGGCAACAAUGCACCAUCAGAAUCCAGUGUUAUUGCUGGCAAAUUACUGUAUUUCACAACUAUAUUCUCGACACGUUUUGACUAUGAAACAACAGCAAAUACUACUUAGUAAUGGCAGUAGUGUUUACUAUCAAUCAAAUCUUCAUCAUACACAAUCAUCACAAGCCAAGGUCCCACCGCAACCUAAUCAUAGUAGUCAGUCCCCACCACAAGAAGGAGGAACUGCUCAAGUUAAAACCUAUGCCGAUAUAACAACCAGUUCGCUAAAAUCGAAUCAAAAUCAUCAACACCCGAGCAGUACGACAUCAUCUAACAAUGUAUUUGAAAACCAUCAUGGUGAAGGUGGUUUAGGACCAGUAGCUCCACCUAAUGGGGUACGAAUGUCAGCACCUCCAACAGAUACCUAUGCAGGUAAUGACUUUAAUGGCUUGACCGUUCCAACACUUACAAUGAUACAACACAUGCAUCAAAAACAACAACAACAUUCCAACCAAAUACAAAAAUCUAGAGGACAACAGCAGCAACAAGCGAAUACAACAGCUAAUCUUUUAUGCAGUCCCAGUAUUCAUGUGUAUCCGAUUUAUUAUUUUAACAUUGAUAUGAAUGGUCAAACGAUUGGGCGUAUACUGAUUGAAGUUCGAAACGAUGUUGCGCCAAAAAUGGCUAACAAUUUUGGAGCACUUGCCACUCAUGAACUUGGAUUUGGAUACAAAGGUUGCCAAAUUUUUCAGUGCUGGGAAAAUGAAAGUAUUAUAACUGGUGAUUUUGAGCUUAAUAAUGGCCGUGGUGGACGGUCGGUUUUUGAAGAGAAUUUUUUCAUGCCUGACGAUACAAAAAUUUUAGCUAUUCGUGGUUCAGUCGGUAUGCGCCGCAGUCAGAAACGACAUGAUAAUAUGGGUUUGGUUGGUUCUCAAUUUCGUGUAAUACUUCGAGAAAUGCGUGGAUUUACUGGCAUUUUUGCAUUCGUUGUUGAUGGUCUAGAAUUAGUUGAGAAAAUAAGUCAAACAGGAGAUUCUGCAGGAAAGCCGCAGAGUAAUGUUGUGAUUCAAAACUGUGGUAAAUAUCAGUAGGAUAUAGAACAUGCUUGUAAAAAAAAAAUAUAUUUUUUUUUUAAUUUCACCUCUUCAUUGAAAAUAUAUAUUCUUUUAAGCUUCAUUUUUAUUCCAUGUGACAAUUAAAAAUAUGAAAACUAUUACAAUUUAUCUAGAAAAAAAAAUAUAUAUUUAAAAGGGUAUUUAAAUUGCGCGCAUUUGUUUGACAAAUAAAAUACUUCUAAAAGGUACCUGUUAAUAGAGAGAAAAAAAUAUAUAUAUAUAUUAUUUUUAUAUAACAGCCGACAUUGUUUUUUCUAAUAAAUUUAUUUUUGCGUUUCUCUUCAAUCAAUCUUCUUCGGAACUUGCAUUUCCCAAAGUUUUUUUUUAAGUUUAAAAUUUUUUUAAAUACUACGAAAAUUCAUUUAUGAUGGGAGUUGAAAUUCACUUUGAAAUUGGGAAUUUUCUUUUGACCCAUAUUAAUUUGUUCUUUCAACACUUUUUUGUUUUAAAAGAAUUCAUAUAACAGGCACUUUGGUUAUUUGAAUAAUUCAAACCGUAUCAGAGUUAUUUAUAAAAUCAUAUUCCUAAAGACAUUUUUUCUGUUUAAAAACGAUUCUUUUAUCUUAACCGUUAUUAACUCAUGAGUAGUAGAUCUAGUACAUUUACUGGUAGAUCUACACUUUUUAUCACUUAUCCAUAUAUAAAGAAAAUUAAAUGUCCACUAAAAAAAAAUGAGCUGGCAAUGGUGUUUAAGAUCCAGCUGACACUCACUUAGAAAAAUUAAAUUAAAUUUUAAAAGAGAAGUUUAGUGGUCCACGCACAGGCUAUCAGACGUCCCGAUUUUGGCGGGCUAGUCCCGAAACAUAAAGUGGUUGUUCCGAAUUAGGUACCAAAUGUCCUGAUUUGUCCCGGACAUAUUUCGGUUUCUAAUCAGUUUGAUUUAGAAUUAAAUCUUAACUUAAUUAAAAAAAUUAUUUUCUUAUCAACUUUUUCUUAAGAAAAUAAAUAAGGAAAUUUUUAAAUUUGUAAUAGGAAUUUCUCUUCGAAACACUAUGAACACUGGUUUCAAUCAUCGUAGUAUUGGUUUUGUUUGAAAUCUCGAAAUUGGUUUGAUAUGAAACCAAUACUUGCCGAUCAAUGAAAAAGCUUAAAAUAUGUUGUGCAAAUUGUUUAAAAAUUGUAACCAAGUUAAUAUUUAAUGUACAUGUAUUAAUAAACAAAACAUACAAAUGUACAUAUAAAUUUACUAUAAACUUUAGGAAUAGGUACAAAUUACGCAGAAAGCAAAAUUUGAUGUUUUAUUGAUGUCGCCCUAAGCUUAUCUUUUUUUUUAAAUGUUUAGGGAAAACUAUAAUUGACGGAAGGUGGCUGACGCUACAGGGUGCAAAUAUAGAAAAUGUAAUGGAUAAGAACUUAACGAAAAAAGUGAAACAGCAUUCGGAACCGCACUUGACUGAAUUAAACUUAUCAAAGUGUUAAGGCAGAACAGAUUUGCAUUCCUUUUAUUUAUUUAACUAUGGGUACCUAACUUAUGCUUUUGACUUUUUGACUGCUUCCUCCUACUAUAAUAAUUCUGCCUUUAUACUUUGGUAAAAUACACUGAAAUUAAUUUUGCGACUCAAAAUUGGUUUCCCAAAAUUGCAAAUGUUUUGGACAUUAUAUAGGUCAAAAGAAACAAUUUUAAAAUAUCGUAAAUUCUUCAUUUAAAAUUAAAAAAAAAAACAUUAAGAUAAAAGAGUCAUGUCUCACAUGCCAUCUUCGUUCCUUUUGUUAAAUGUACUUUUUGGUACAUAAUUUAUAUACUCUAAACAACUUUGUAGUUCGUUGUGACCACUACUUUGUACACGAAAAACUUAUUGAAUUACGAAAAUAUUCAAGAAACAAAAAAUAUAAAUGAAUUUUCCCAAGAUCUCUAUAAAGAUUUUUCUGAUGAAAUACAAGAAAAAGUAAACCGAAGAUACAAUUCAUUUGACAUUAAACCAAACAGAGACAGUUCACCCUACAUUAUGAUCUUUCAAAACAGUAAUAAGAAAAGAAUUACAAAAAAAAAAACUAGUAAAAUUCAAAAAAUAAAGACUUUCUAAGUAAACGUUAAGAA